AUGGACGUCACGAACUGGCUCGACAACCUCACGUUCCUCAAGACGCGCGCGUACAAGCAGUUUCCACGUGUCAUGGUGCAUCAGGGCUUCUAUUGGGCCUACCGGUCGGUGGCCCUGCAGGUAAUGUCGGCACUCCAGAAGCUGCGGCAACAGUACCCCGAUGCGUUGCUAAUGGUCGCAGGGCAUUCGCUGGGAGGGGCCGUGGCAGCCAUUUGUGCCUUUGAGCUCGAGUUCAUUGAAAUGAAGCCUGUCGCGGCGCUUUAUACGUUUGGGAAACCCCGAGUUGGCAAUACCGAAUUCAGCGCAAAGUUGCGAAACGCCAGCAUGGCAACAUACCGCGUGACGCAUUUCCAAGACAUUGUGCCCCACCUCCCACCGACGUGGACUGGAUUCGAACACACCUCGGAAGAGAUUUUCUACGACCAAUUUUCGACAAGCUACCGGAACUGCAGCCUCACAGACGGCGAAGAUCCCAGUUGCUCCAACACGUGCUCGCCGUUUCGCUGUACUAGCGUUGUCGACCACCUCACGUACUUGAAUAUUACAAUGAGCCAUCUCGUCUGCUAA